AACAUACGAUUGCAUGAUUCCCAGGUGGUUAGAAAUUUUUAUUCAACUAAAUUUGACUAUCGCUAUGACAAUGGUCUGUAUUAUUUUUUUACUAAAUUAUAACCAGUUAUUUUACAGUUGAAGGACAAUACUGCCUGGAAUAUCACUAACCUGUAUGUAACUUAAAAAUCAUAGAUUUUGGUAGUAUAAUGACCUACAAUACACUAGUAGUUAUUUUUGAUCACUCAAAUUGUUUCUAGAUUUCAGUUAACAAGGGUUUCGCUCAACAUAGUUAAACUGAAACAGUAUAGUCGGCAAAGCUGAUCUCUUCAUAAAAGGCAGUUUGUCAGAUAUUAGGAAAAGCAGAGAUUGUGAACUAUAAUGAAUGCAACAAGUUAUAAUGGAGUGGAUGGCAAGGAUGAUAUUCUAUCCUACUUGGAAAAAUUAUCCAAAACGGAACUUGAAGCCUUAUUAUCUGACCAUGAAGGCAUAAAAAAGCUAGCUAAAAAUUGUCCUGAUAUUAAAAAGAUCGAGUCUGACAAAGAAGCCUGCAUGAAUGAAAACCGACGUCAAGCUGAAGCAAAUCUAUCUAUGGAACCAACUUUCAAUAUGAUCAAAACGGAGCUUGUAGAAACCUAUUCUAAUUACAGACAAUUAGAAAAUGAAUAUAUGAAACGUAAAUCAGAAGUUGACAACAUCGGUACAAAAUACUCUCCGAGUGUAAUUCUUGCUUUGUUACAAACUGCCAACGCACAAGCAGAAGAACAAUCUGAAGAACUGGCUAGUCGAUUUCUUGACAAAGCCAUGGAUGUUGAUGCAUUUUUGAAAGAUUUUAUUCCUCUUCGUAAACUAUGUAAUGAACGUAGAUUUAAAUGUGAAAAGUUAGCGGAGCAAUUAUCGUCUGGUCAUAUAAGGGCAUCAAGCUUUUCCAAUACUCCUCAUUCAUCAUAUGUACCUAAUGUGAUGACGAAUUCAGAUGUGUCAGCCAGUACAUCACAGCUUUAUCCUUCAUUACUAUCUCUAAGUAGUACGAGUGACCGUUUACCACCAAAUUAUGGCUUUAAAAUGUAAACAUGUUGGACAGAUGUAUGUUUGCUUGUGCUUGCUUCUGUGCAUGUAAACAGAUAUUAGAUUUAAUCAUUUCUUUUGUCAACCAAAUAGCAUAUUUGGAUCUACAUUCAGCGGUGAUGUGUUGAGAUUGAACUCUUUAAAAAUAUUAUUAAGUACUCAGAUUCAAUUGUUUUUAUAUUGCUCAUUAGAACAGUUAAAACAAGAAUAGUAAUUGUGCGUUUUCUUAAUUUACUUUCUUUUCAGCCGACUUUAAUAUUGUCUUUUUUUUGUAAGGAACUAAACCAAAUUAUCGCA